CCCCAUCACCGCCGCGCAUGCAGCUGAAAUCUUUUCCCACACCGAAGAGGCUGUUGCUGAGAGGGGUGUAUAGGGUAAAUUAAUUGGAGCACAGACGACAUCCAGGGGCAAAAAAGGUGACAUUUUGUGCGUGUUUUGUGGAAUUUACCUCUGCUAGCUGUACUCCAUCUUUUCGUUUCACUCUUCCAUGAUUAAGCAGUGAAGCACCUCCCAGUGGCUCUGUCACAGACCUUGCAAACUCUCAUGCAUAUAUACAUGCAUAUAUACACCAGGCUAUGCACUUUUUAGGGGGCUGAAUGCUGCCCUAUAGCUGAGGGUCAUUUUGAUGUGUCCGUAGGGCUUCCUCCGCCUCAUGACCCCCAUUCCUUAUCCACACUUAACUCCACGAAGGCUGGCCUACACAGAACAUGCCGAAAGGAUCCAGUAGGACCUGUUUUUCCGUGACUGGAAUCUGAUUGGAUGUGUUUCUGGGAAGGAUUCCCCCAUUUUAGAUCCAGUAGUGAAGGAGAGCGAAAAUCGAGAUUACUGGGUGCACGCUGAAGUAAUAGGAUUCGGCGAACAAAUAAGCUUGAAUAAGACUGCUCCAUCUCUGAUACAUGUUUGACCAAGCCAAGAGUAUGGGCGAUGGAGUCGCCGAGGACCGAAACCACUGUGGACCCAAUACGCUGCGCCGCGAGCGCGGUGGAGACGCUAAAACUCUGGCGGAAGUGGGAAGCCGCAGUUCCGGCGACGCUCCUGCGGGGACAUCCGCGUCCACCCCGAGCUCCUCCAGCGAGGACGGACACGACAAACUGUUAGGAGUGGACCCUGACUACUGCCGCAGGAUUUUAGUCCGAGAUGCUAAAGGUACUAUCCGUGAGAUCGUUUUGCCGAAAGGCCUGGACUUGGACCGGCCGAAGCGCACGCGCACCUCAUUCACCGCCGAGCAGCUCUACCGUCUCGAGCUUGAGUUCCAACGCUGUCAGUAUGUGGUAGGGCGCGAGCGCACGGAGCUCGCCCGCCAGCUGAACCUCUCCGAAACUCAGGUGAAAGUUUGGUUCCAGAACCGACGUACCAAGCAGAAGAAGGACCAGACCAAGGACUCGGACAAGCGCUCUUCGUCCACCUCAGAGUCACUGGCCACAUGUAACAUCUUGCGUCUACUUGAGCAGGGGCGCUUGCUGUCAGUGCCUGCACCUCCUCCCAACCCACUGUUGGCACCACCGCAUGCUGCCAAUGGCUCGCUCCUGGGGGGCCCAUCUGUGUCCUCCUCCUCUCCUGGGGUAAGCAGUACAGGCACUCCUCCAGCGAUUGUGGCCAGUGGUGGUGGAACAUUUGGCCUAUCUCUGUCCUCACUUGGUGCUACACCACCCUCACCAAGGCUUGGGGUAGCACCCCCAUCCCUUUUCUCCAUGCCACUGAUGAGUGGUGCUCAUCAUGAACUCACGUCUAGCUAUGGGUGUGGAUCAUCAGCUUUUGAGCCCUAUACAAGGACAGAGAGGAAAGAUGGGGACUUGGGUGGGAAGAAGACAGUUUCCUAAAGACUUGAAUCACUUACUGGACCACUAAUGAGUGCCCCAUGUUUACUAAAGGGUGCAAUCUGCUCUCUUUUUCAGCUAAGGUAAAGGUUAUAGAGGAAGUAGUUGAUUUUCAAAAUUAAACAAGUAUGGAGAUCCUUCACCUCCAUUUUAGAUUCUUUCCACUACUAAAUUGCCAAACCGUGCUGAUCCUUUUUGCCACACUAAGAUAAUGAAAAAAGGACUGCAGCCUCUGCUUUCUACUAAGAGUGAGCUAAAUUUAAUUUACCACCUCUGCAUCCUGUGUUUAAGUGGCAUCUUGUUUACAGAUGCUCAUUGUUUCUUUCAUUUUUGAAUUCUCUCUCUCUCUCUAUCUCUCUCUCUCGUGUGUGCAUGUGUGUGUGUGUGUAUGUGUGUGUGUGUGUGUGUGUGUGUGUGUGUGUGUGUGUGUGUACAUUACAGACCGCCUCAGGCUUAGUCUUUGUCUAAUAGAAACGUUUCAUCAACAAUGCUAAUGUAAUUGUGAAAGGCAAAUACUGCUUUAUAACAGAUAUUGUAUCCAAAUGGGUGUUAAAAAGACAAAUGAAUGAUCAUAUCGCUAUGUUAGAACCUUGUGGUACUCUUUAUGCUGCUCUUAACUGGUAAUGUAAUUAGGGGUAAGUUUAUCAUAAGUAAGUAAGGUAAGUUUUUAAUGUUUAUUUUACUUUUGGAUGUGCAUGUAAGGGUGGCUUGGUGAGAAACACACACAAUAAUAACGCCAAAUUGUUGUGCUUUCUAAUAAUAAUUCUUUUCCCAGUUUUGUAUAUUUUAAAGAUAGUGAUUCACUCAAACAUAUAUUAGUAAAUAUUAUCUACCUAUUAUUAUUGAUAAUAAAUAGGAAGUUAUGAAUUAGAUGUCAUAUUCAGUAUGUAUGAUCACAGCAUGUGGUUGCAGUUUAAGUUCAACCAAGAUAAUUUGUCUUUAAAAUUUUUGCACCGUGAACACAAAUGAUUGUGUAGCAUCUUAGAUACUGCAAAGAUAAUUGUCUCAUUUCUUAGAUACUGCAAAGCAAAUUGUCUCAUGUUAUUUCCCAUACUUCUAGUUAUUAACUUGUUUCCAAAUGUAGGCAACUCUAGAGGCUACUUAGGACUUGUGAUUGUUUAUCAGACUGCAAGUUACAUGUCUUAGUUGUCUAUUACUGUGAAGUGUGCAGAGAUAAUUUAUUGACUGAACGUACAUAACAUCUAAAUCAUGUUAUUUACAUACAUAUGCACACAGCCUCAAACAAUAUCUGCUUAUUAACAAAGCACAUGGAAGGCAUGGUAGCAUUGUUUAACUUUAUUGGUAGUAAAAUCUGAUGGGUCAAACUGCAACUCUUAGCUGUCUGUUAAUUCUCUUUCUUCUGAUGGUCUCUUCAGUUCCUAUAUAAGUGAAAGUAAAGGCUAAGAUUAGCCCUGGUUUUGUUUGUUGUAUCUCCACUACAUAAUGUGGAACUGCUUUCUUAGUUGUUUACACCAUUUUGAUUGGUUUCUGAACCUGGAGCUUGCAUCGUGACUCUGAUUGUCAUAGUGACUGAUAAAGCAGUGGAAUAAACCUCAGGAAGAGUCAUCAAACUAUUUGCCAUUUGUUCCAUAUUUUUUUUUUAAAGGUUUUAAAGCCUUAAGUAGCACCUCAUUCAUUGCCGUGA